UGUUAGUGACUAACCGGUUCAUCCGGUUCUUCAGAUCUUCGGUUUAUAAGCCAAACCCAAACCCAAACCCAAACCCUUGACCCCUUUUUCUUCUCCUACUCCGGUUUUCUCCUUCUCUCUCCUCGCAGAUCCGCUUUUAAAAGAUCUUUUGAUGUAAUUUCCUGCAAAAAGCUGCAAUUUGUAAGAAAUGGCUUCUGGGUUUGAGCCAGUGCCCAUCAGUUCACAAAAACAUGACCCAGCUUGGAGGCACUGUGAAAUGUCUAAGGAGGGGGCUAGGACUCAUUUGAAAUGUAUAUACUGUUCAAAAGUCUUUAAGGGUGGUGGCAUUCAUAGGAUAAAAGAACACUUAGCUUGUCACAAGGGUAAUGCAUCCACUUGUCAUCGGGUUCCAUCCGAUGUUAGGGAAGCUAUGCAUAGGAGUCUAGAAGGUGCGGUGGUGAAGAAGAAGAGGAAACAAAAGACUGGUGAUGAGGAGGUUACUACGGCUAUUAUUAAUCUGCCUUCUAACAACGAUGAUGUUGACGGUUUUGCUAAUGAGUGUGGUAUUAGCAGUGACAUUCAUUUGAUCGCGAAUCCUAGUACUCUUGAGACUAACUCGACUAUGAUUGUUGUUAGAGAGGAAUCAGAGGAAGGGACGAGUGUUAGAGGACCAGGGAAGAGAAAACGGGGGAGGCCCCCUAAGAGUGCUUUGCUUUCUAUGGUUGGUAAUGGCACUGCUGUGAACGAGAUGCAGGGCUCUCCGAAGAAGCUCAACUCUCAAGUUCACUUAGCAAUUGGGCGUUUCUUAUAUGAUAUUGGGGUUCCUUUGGAUGCUGUCAAUUCAGUCUAUUUUCAGCCGAUGCUUGAUGCUAUUGCUUUGGAGGGAACAAGAGUUGUGGGACCCUCACAUCAUGAUCUCCGAGGUUGGAUUCUGAAGAGUGCAGUUAAUGACGUGAAGGCUGAUAUGGACUAUUGUUCGAGGGCAUGGGGACGCACUGGCUGUUCUGUUUUGGUGGAGGAAUGCAAUAUAGGGAAGGAAAAAGAAACGACAGUUGUCAACUUUCUUGCGUACUGCCCUGAAGGCACAAUGUUCUUAAAAUCGGUAGAUGUGACCAGCUUAAUGGAUUCAGCUGAAGCAAUGUAUGAAUUAGUGAGAGAGGUGGUGGAAGAAGUUGAUCCUAAAAAUGUAUUGCAAGUCAUCACACCCAAUGAUGAAGGCUAUGCUGCUAUAGGGAAAAGGCUCUCUGAAACUUAUCCUACCUUAUAUUGGGCUCCCUGUGCAGCUAAUUCGUUAUUGUUGAUGCUUGAGGACUUUGGGAAAUUUGAAUGGAUAAAUUCUGUACUAGAACAAUGUAAAUCGAUAAUGAGGUUCAUUUAUAAUCAUAGUAUUGUCCUGAAUAUGAUGAGGAGGUAUACUUUCGGCGUUGAUUUAGUGGUGCCUGAUCUUAGUCCUUCUGUCACCAAUUUCAGGACAGUAAAGCGAAUGGUCGACCUGAAACACAAUUUGCAAGCUUUAGUUACAUCACAGGAGUGGGUGGAUUCCUAUUAUUCUAAAAAGGAAGGGGCGUUGGCUAUAUUGGAUCUCAUUAGUGACCACUCUUUCUGGUCCUCCUGCAACCUUGUUGUCCUAAUAACUGAUCCAAUUUUGCAAGUUUUGAGCAUUGUUAGAAGUGAGAAGAAACCUGCCAUGGGAUUUGUGUAUGCAGGAUUAUACCGGGCUAAAGAAGCUAUUAAAAGAGAGUUUAGAAAGAGUGAUGAGUAUCUGACAUACUGGAAUGUCAUCGAUCUGAGGUGGGAUAGGCAUCAGCAGUCACCACUUCAUGCUGCAGGCUUCUACCUUAAUCCAAAGUUCUUUUACAGUAUUGAUGGAGAUUUGCCAGGUACCAUUGUCUCGGGAAUGUUUGAUUGCAUAGAGAGAUUAGUUCCUGAUACCAAAACCCAGGACAAAAUCAUCAAAGAACUCAACUCUUACAAAAUGGCUGCUGGGGAUUUUGGACGGAAGAUGGCAAUCAGAGCUAGAGAGAGCCUUCUACCCUCUGUAUGGUGGUCCACGUAUGGAGGUGGUUGCCCAAACCUAUCACGUCUAUCUGUGCGCAUUCUUAGUCAAUGCUGCAGUUUAACCCAUUGUAAAAAGGAUCUCAUUCCACUUGAACAAUUGCACAGCACUGUUAACUGUCUAGAACACCAACGACUCAAUGACCAGGUCUUCACUCAGUAUAACCUACGGCUGAGACAAAUGGCUCAGAAAGGAAAAGAACAUGAUAAUAUGGACCCAUUAUCAGUGGACAACCAUGCUAGUGUCGCUGACUGGAUAGCCAGGAAAGACUUGUGCUUGGAUGACCAUGGAAGUUCUGACUGGAUGGCAAUUGAGCUGCCAUCACCUAGCAAAAUGCGUUUGAAGUCUUCAGUUGACGAAGUUGAAGAAUUGAGUGGCGGUUUUGACGACUAUGAGAUUUUUGGUGGGUCUAAAGAUGAGGGAGAUGCUAUUGCAAAUAACAUAGAGGGCGAGUAAACAGCAAGUCAGCUUCAAUACUCUUCAAAGCUUCUGUUGGAGAGAAAUCAUUUCUCCUGAUUUCAGGUCCUGGUUUCUUAUUACAAAUAAUGAUUGUGGUUGUAUCUUUUUCUCUUCUUUGUGAUCGAGAAAAUGAGUACUUGAGAGUACGUUGAGAUUGGCAGAUGAGAAGAUUGUCGGUCAGAACUGGCGUGGAUUCGGAGAAUGAAGCAGUAGGUCGGGUAUGACAUUAAAUUGACUGACUGGCAGAGGUUAAUCUAGGGGGUGAUUUUAGUAUUCAUAGAAUACUCCCCUCUGUAAGAGAAACAUUAAGCUACCAUGCUCUCACAAAAGGAAGCACGGUUAUAAAUCCUUUUUUAUGCUAAAAAUCAAUUAUUGUUGAUUAAGCGUGUUUUCUGACUUGUGAGGGCUGCUUUUAGUUUUUCUAGCUCUUCCUUUAGCGGUUUUAGUUUAGUAAGGCAGAAUGUACAGCAGUACAGACAGACAAGUUCCAGAAAUGUGAAUAUGUAGAGAAAUAACUGAAUGUAAUGUAGUAUCUAAAACUGCAAUUACUGAAUUGAAUGCAGAUUUGGCAAUUUGAAUGA